AAUUAUUAUUGUUUACUGUGGUGGUGGUGAUGGGGUGUGCGAGCUCGAAGCAACCGCGGUGCCGGCAUUGCCAGAACUCGUUUGCGCCGGUGCCGCGAAGCUACUCUAUGCACGUCCACCACCCACCGCAGAGCAAAGGCGACAGCUACCAUGUGGUGGCUCUCACCUCCACCACAUUGGGCACUCUCAAGCUUGAUACUUCUCAUCAAAACCGCAACUCCCAUGUCAAUGGUACUAUCGUUGAAGAAGAAGAGGAUAAGGAGAACAAGGUGAAUGGGAAUGAGAAUGUGAAAGCUGGGGACAAGAAAAACAAGGGAUUCUCCAUGGGACUCAUUGAAGCCAAGACUUGGUCCAGUAUGAUCAAUGAGAAAAUUCCCAAAAUUGCUCCGAAAACGCCUAUCAGAACCCCUCCGGGCGAGCCCGAGACCAUCAGCUGGGAGUUGAUGGAGGGGCUUGAGGACGCAAGCCCUCUCCGAUCACCCAAUCAUCUUCGGAGCUUUUCUUUUGAUAUUGAUCGGAGGUCGAUCCCAGCUCCAUUUGAGCUCCCCAAGUCGAGAUUUCAGGAAAACGGGGAGGCAUCGCCCAGGCCCAUGUGGCUGAAUUUGGUAGACAGUGAGAUGAAUCCCAAUUCGAAUUCAAAGACUGCUGUUCCUGAGUUUGAUCCUGAAGUCAUUUCCAUGUUCAGGAAAUCACUCCAGGAGCUUCCCUCUGACGACCCUUUCCAUAUAAAGGAUGAUGAGAAAGUGCAGGCAAGAGAAGUAAUGGAUGCGAAGAAGGUGAACGAUGAUGAGAAAGUGCAGGCAAGAGAAGUAAUGGAUGUGAAGAAGGUGAACGACGAUUAUGAUUUUGAUGUUCUGGAUCAUAAGAGCCAGUCAUUUGCCAAGGACACGGUGGUUGUGUACUUCACAAGCCUAAGGGGAGUGAGGAAGACAUACGAGGACUGCUGCCAUGUUAGAGUGAUUCUAAAAAGCUUGGGCAUUCGGCUGGAUGAGAGGGAUGUGUCCAUGCAUUCAGGGUUCAAGGAGGAGCUCAAGGACCUCCUGGGAGACGCCUUUAACAGCGGCAGCCUGCCAAGAGUCUUCCUGGGAAGAAGGUACAUUGGCGGGGCUGAAGACGUACGAAGAAUGCAUGAGGAAGGCCAGCUAGAAAAGACUCUGGAAGACUCUGAAAAAACAGAAGCUGGAGGCAAUAGUGGCAGCAGAACUUGUGAGGCAUGCGGGGAUAUUCGGUUUGUGCCUUGUGAGACAUGUUCAGGCUGUAAAAUCUACUACGAAGGCGAUGAAGAAGAUGACGAUGAAGAGGGUGAAUUCGGGUUCCAACGCUGCCCAGACUGCAAUGAAAAUGGCCUCAUUCGCUGCCCCAUAUGUUGCUAUUAGUUUGGGUAUCAACCAAGAUUUUUCCCAAUUUUUGUGCUUUUUCUUCUUUCUGGAUUUCUUGUGAGUUGUUUGCUGUACAGUGAGGAGUUUUUAUUAGAUGAAUGGGGGAUAUUCAUAAGAAAAACAGCUAGAGAAGACAGCAACUUAAAAUCUGUUGUGAGUAGGUUUGUUUCUCACAAUCCCCGCUCAUCUCUUUGCAAAGCCUGUAUACUUCCAUAAUGUUAUGGUUCCACAAAUACAAAAGGUUUGUAUACAUUUUUGAGAACA